GAAUUGCGAGGGAGAUAAAAGAUAAGACAGUGCCCCGCUUAAUUAGUCCAUAGUUGUAACAAAGCUUGACCACAACACAUUUUCACACUCCUUUUCGUCGCGCAUGAAUGAUGGGAAUAGUUUAGAGAUGAAUAAUCAAUUUAAUCAGAGAGUCAAAUGUGCUGUUGCUGCUUCUGGACACUUGCGCUCGUAGUCUGGCAUUCAGUCGCAUAAUCCGCGUUGCUGGAAGUGGAUCCGACCGACAGUUGGGUACAUAAAGAGGGAAAAAGAAGAAAAUGGGCAGAAGAGGAUUACUCGGGUUGUUGGUGGUGGUGAUGUGUUUGAGUGCUGUGGCGGGAUUUCGGGAUCUCAAAUCAUCGGGAAAGCGCUACUUCCGUCCCAAUGUCUGUGAAUCCGACCAGCAUGGAAUGGAUGCGAAGAUUGUGUGCUACUGCACAACUCCGGGGAAUAAGACAGCAGAUUGCUGGGUGAAUGUGCACGAUCUCUAUGAGUACGAUCAAACGUGGAGUGGAUUUGAGAUUAACAGUGAUAUUCGUCACCUGAUCCUCACAAUGGCACCAAAUGGGCAGCUCAACUACCUCCCAUUACGAGCACUGCAGUACCUCCACAAUUUGCGCUCCUUCAGCAUGUCAUCAGCCAAUGUUCCCGUCAUCAAGGCACAUGCAUUCUCCUUCCUCUCUCAACUCGAUACGAUCUCCUUGAUCAACAAUCAAAUCGUCACCCUGGAGAAUUAUGCAUUUGCCGACCUCACACGCCUACGAACCCUCAACAUGUCCUUCAAUCAGAUAACCUUCCUCGAUCGCAAUGUCUUCCACAAAUGCCGCAAUCUUGAGCUUCUCUACCUCACAGCCAACAACAUUUCCAGCAUUCUCGAUGGUGCCUUCCAGAAUCUCGAGAAGCUCGAUAUUCUCCGUUUGGAUUACAAUUUCAUCUCCGUCAUCACAGCCGAUACAUUCCGUGGCCUGGACAAUCUCUCCACGCUGGGACUCAUUGCGAAUUACAUCACAAUCCUCGAGGAUAAUACAUUUGACAAUUUGCGAAAUCUCGUUUUCCUGGAUCUCCGUCAAAAUGCCAUCCAGAGUAUAUCGCCACGAACAUUCAAUGGACUAACGAAGCUGCAGUAUUUGAAUUUGGAACAGAAUGAACUCAAAAUGCUGGAUUCGUUCAUUGUGCAAGGGCUGCCGAAUCUUCUUUACCUCAAUUUGGCAAAGAAUCUCCUUACGACAUUCCUCCUGGACGAACAGAGUAGCCUCUAUUCGCGAUUCCAGAAGGAGAAUACGCUGUUCUAUCUUAAUGAUAACAACAUUGUCUGCGAUUGCCGUUUGAAUUGGGUCUUCAGCCUUCACAGCUCCACAAAGAGUCCCAUCUUCAGGGAAGCCCUCAACUCACUCCAGUGCGAGCUUAUUCAGCGCGAUCGAACUGAUUUUGUGUACAUAAUGCGCCUCAACUUGGACGACCUGCCAUGCGAGUUCUUCUCCAGCACCACGGAAUCCCUUGUGCAGGAAUAUCGACCACAUCACACCCUCAGGCGGCACUACUACGUCUCUGGAGCCACCAGGGAUGUCAUCCACAUGCUGCCCCUGCUACUCACCCUCCCUCUACUCUUCCAUUAGACUCUGUAGUACAUGCGAUGCACAAUAAAAAAGGUGGUGUGAGUUCAAAA